UUAUGGUCAGGCACAAUUGCAGCCACUCAAACCUCGAUCCAGUCAGGCAUAUUGCCUGCCACCUACAGGUCCUCCUUCCUUUUUCUCGUCCCUGAACGAGCCGACGCCAAGAUGAACGAUAGUGUCACACUCAGGACUCGGAAGUUCAUGACAAACCGCUUGCUUCAGAGGAAGCAAAUGGUUUUGGAUGUCCUGCACCCUGGAAAAGCAACAGUCCCCAAGACUGAAAUCAGGGAGAAGCUUGCCAAAAUGUACAAGACCACACCUGAUGUAGUGUUCGUCUUCGGUUUCAAGACUCAAUUCGGUGGUGGCAAGACAACAGGUUUUGCCAUGGUCUACGAUUCACUAGACUACGCCAAGAAGAAUGAGCCCAAAUACAGACUGACCAGACAUGGUCUUUAUGAGAAGAAAAAGACCUCCAGAAAACAGCGCAAGGAAAGAAAGAACAGAAUGAAGAAAGUACGGGGCACCAAGAAAGCCUCCGUUGGUGCUGCUGGCAAGAAGAAAUGAGGUCAGGAAAAGGUAGAGCAGAAAUUGGCAUGGAGUGCUGAUUGCAGUGCACUUUUACCUUAUUUAGUUGAAGUGCUCUGCAUGUUAAUCCUAGUACUUUGCCUCUAGAAAAAAUCCCAAUACAAGGCAGUUGCUUGUCUUGUAUGUCUAAUUGUUUGACAAUGUAAACCCCUAAUAGCUGAUUGUAACUGGUAAUUUUCACCUUCACUAUGAAUUAGGAGCAGCAUGAUGUUUAGUUAACUCUUGUAACUUUUUUUAUAAUAACUGAUGAACUGCAUGUUCGCUCAAGUGUGAUUACAAGAUUGUCAUCUUGAAUUUUUGCAUUAGAUAUUUGUAGUUAACUGCCUGUAGAGUGCAUAGAGAAGCAGAAGAUACCUCAAUUCUUUUACCUCAUUGACUGUUCUAAUGUGUACUUUCUCCCCCUCUCAACAGUGAGACCUUCAGGAAAGACCAUCAUCCUGAAUGUUCUUGUAUAUUGUCUGCAAAUAAAUUUCUAAAAAGAG